GUCCGCCCUCCUCGUCCUGCAUCUUCCCCAUCUGCUUCUGCUCUCAGCGUAUAAAGUCCUUCCCUGGCCGACGGGUCUUGGUCCCAGCACAUUUCAUCUCCUCCAUCCACCAUGUCCAACCUCGGCGGCAGCGGCAGCGGCUACCACCCUAUCAACAAGCAGGGCGCUCCUGCCUUCCCUGAUCCUGCCAACUAUGGCUCCCAGCAGCAGCAGCAGCAGCAGCAGCAGCCCGCUCAGCAGUCCGCCUAUCCCGGGCCCCAGAGCUACGGCGGCCGCCCUGCUUCAUCCUUGAUCAACACCCCCUCCACAGGCUCGAAAUACUACCAGCCGCCUCCGGGUCCGGCCAUCCCCAUCCCGUCGUCGACUGGCGCCUCCAGUGCCGCCUUCCCAGCUCCCGCCCCGGCGCCUGCUGCGGGACAGGCCCAGCCUUACUACUCGCCCCCCGCCCAGCCCUCAGCGGGCUCCUUCGCCCCGGCCAGCAAGUACGCUCCCCCUUCGCAGCCAACCCCCAACUCGUACUUUGUUCCCAUCGCAAGUACUCCCUCACAGCAGUCGUAUGCAGCUGCCCCGCCCGGCCAGCUCUUUGCCCGCAAGGCGACUCGCAAGGAAGUUCCGCUGCAGCAAAACGGCACCUUCGUCGUCGAGGUGCCUCUGCCCACGAGCCACAUCGAAAACUGCACUUACAAGACCGAGGAGUUCACCAAGAUCAGAUACACCGCUGCCACCACCGACCCCAACGCCUUUGCUGACAAGUAUACGCUGAUGCCGCGAAUCCUCCGCCGCAACGUCAAGAUGGCUAUCGUGGCUACGAUGUACAACGAAGACGACGAGCUUUUCUGCAAGUCCGUCUUUGCUGUCUUCCAGAACAUUGCCUACCUCUGCAGCAACGAGUGCCCCGGUGGCCUCGGUCCUGAUGGCUGGAAGGACAUUGUCCUCUGCAUCGUCUCGGACGGCCGCACCAAGAUCAACAAGCGCGUCCUCACCGUUCUCGGUUGCAUGGGUCUUUACCUGGAGGGUCUGACCAAGAGCUCCGUCAACGGCGAGGAGGUCUCCGCCCACAUCUUCGAGUCCAUCUGCCAGCGUGCUGUCGACCAUAGCCUGGACUUCCACGACGAUAUGGUCCCAGUCCAGACCAUCUUCCUGCUCAAGGAGAAGAACGCCAAGAAGAUCAACUCGCACCGCUGGUUCUUCAACGCUGUGUGCAAGGUCAUCGAUCCCGAGGUCUGCAUUCUCCUGGAUAUCGGCACCAAGCCCACCCGCCAGUCGUUCUUCCACCUCUACCGCGCCUUUGCUGACAACGAGCAUAUCGGCGGAGCCUGUGGUGAAAUCGCCGCCGAGCUCGGUCCCUGGAUGAAGAACCUGCUCAACCCCCUGGUCGCCACCCAGAACUUUGAGUACAAGAUGUCCAACAUCUUGGACAAGCCGCUCGAGUCCGUCUUUGGCUACAUCUCGGUGCUGCCAGGUGCCUUCUCGGCCUACCGCUUCAAGGCUCUUGAAGGCAAGCCUUUGGAGUGCUACUUCAAGGGCGAGACCAUGCACGGCGGUGCCGAUAUUUUCUCAGCCAACAUGUACCUUGCCGAAGAUCGUAUUCUGUGCUUCGAGCUGGUCACCAAGAAAAACGAGCGAUGGCUGCUCAAGUACGUCAAGUCAGCCAAGGCCGAGACCGACGUCCCGGAUCAGCUUCCAGAACUGAUCUCGCAGCGCCGUCGCUGGCUCAACGGCUCCUUCUUUGCUGCCGUCCACGCCCUCCAGCACUUUUACCACAUCGGCAACUCAGGCCACAGCCAGGGUCGCAAGAUGGCGCUGUACGUCCAGGCAUUCUACAACGCCAUCAACCUGCUGUUUUCUUGGUUCUCCCUCGGCACCUUCUACCUGUCUUUCUACUUUGUCUUUGACGUCGCCAAGGGUAGCUCCGAUGACACUGGCGCCGAGCCCUCGAACCUGCAGGGUAUUGAUCUGUACUACCCUUACGGCAACGUCGUUUUCUCGGUCGUCAACGCCGUUUACGUCGGCGUCAUCUCCAUGAUCUUCAUCUCGGCCCUCGGCAACCGUCCCCAAGGCAGCAAGUGGCUGUACUGGUCCUGUGUCCUGAUCUUCACCGUCAUCAUGAUCAUGAUGCUCGUCAACGGUGGCUGGAGUAUCGCCCUUGCCAUCCGUGAUAUGAACAGCUCCAUGGUUGAUGCCAUCAAGUCUGGCAACUCGUUCAGCUCGUUCAACUACUUCUUCACCAACAAGACCUUCCGCGACAUGGUCACUUCGCUCGUUGCCACUUACGGCCUCUACUUUGCGUCGUCCGUCAUCCACCUGGACCCCUGGCACUGCGUCACCUCGAUGGUUCAAUAUCUGCUGCUGCUCCCCAUGUACAUCAACAUCUUUAUGAUCUAUGCAUUCACCAACCUGCACGACGUCUCGUGGGGUACCAAGGGUGACAACACUGUCAGCUCCGCCGGCGAUGCUGUCCAAGCCACCAAGGGCGCCGACGGCAAGCAGGUGGCCACCGUCGAUAUUCCUGACGAGAAAGAAGAUGUCAACGAGCAGUUCCGCCACUUCCAGCAGCAGCUCGAGCGCCAGAAGAACAAGGAGGAGGAGGCCCCCAAGAAGCAGGAUGCCAAGACCCAGCAGGACGACUUUUUCAAGCUGUUCCGUACCCGAGUUGUGCUGCUGUGGCUCGUCUGCAACGGCAUCCUCGUCGGCCUCUUCACCAACAAGUCCUUCCUGAUGGCUGUUUUCCCGAACCAGACCCAGCAGCUGGUCAACCCCUUCCUCACCUUCAUCUUCUGGAGUGUAGCUAUCCUCAGUGCCGUUCGCUUCAUCUUCAGUACCCUCUAUAUUGUCCAGUGGGCCAGCUCCACAGCCACUAAGGCGGGCCUGCGCAACCCGCUCAAGGGCGAGUUCUAAGCGUGGCGCCAGCUUUACCCUCUCGGACUAAAUCGCCGGAUUGCUUCCCCUUGCGCUGAGCAACGCCUUCAUCAUUGUUUGGCUGGAGACACCAGCUUCUCGCUUCGCGCUGCCUGUACUUUCUCCUUCACCGAUCCCCAGGCAUACUGUGUUGUUGCAUCCCGCCGCCCGUGCUUUCUGCAAAGCCAUCGAUCGAUCCCACCCGGCCUGCUCUCUCUCUCUCUUUCUCCUUUCCCAGAUGGCACGCCUGCAGACUUGUUUCGUCGGCAUCCACGCAUCGGCAAUGCAAAUACAUAUGUGAUAUGCACAUGAUGUUCAUUCUGCAA